CAUUGGAGAGGGAGAGGAUCUAAUUACCAUUCAAUCUUGAUUCAAUGUUUGACCAUUUGUCGCACGUGCCAUCCCGGUGGUAUAUCAGCCGGUUCUCAUGGAGUCGUUCGUUGCUCAACACGUGGGCUUCCCUAAGAUCCCGGGGGGGAAAGAGUAAAGAGAUAUCAGCAUACUCAAUGGCGGAACUUGACCAUAAUUUUUGGAGGAACCAAAAUGUUUCUGUGCCUAGAAGCGUGGCGUGGUGGUCUCAAUUGGUGUCUAUGGCCAUGAUGAUCAGAUCAGUAAUGACAAGUUGUUCCUUCUUCAUAUCAAUGCUUUUGUUUCUUUUCACCAUUUCAGAUUUGUUUGUGCAAAUCCAUGGCCUUGGUUUUGGAAUCAACUACGGACAGAUAGGCAACAAUUUACCUCCUCCAUCUCAAGUUGCUGUUCUUAUAAAAUCUAUGAAUGUGAGUAGGAUCAGGCUCUAUGAUUCUGAUCCAAAUGUUCUACUAGCCUUCUCUCAAUCCAAUGUGGAAUUCGUAAUAGGACUUGGAAAUGACUACCUAGAGAACAUGACAAACCCUUCUAAAUUUCAAACAUGGAUUCAGCAGCAUGUUCAACCUUACCUCUCUCAGACCAAAAUCACUUGCAUCACAGUGGGAAAUGAGGUGUUCAAUAGCAAUGAUACUCAGCAAAUGUUGAAUCUUCUCCCAGCAAUGCAAAGUGUGCAUGAUGCCCUUGUUAAUCUUGGACUAGACAAACAUGUAACCGUCACAACCGCCCAUUCAUUCAACAUAUUAUCCAAUUCCUACCCUCCUUCAUCCGGGGCAUUUAGGGAAGAUCUUGUGCAAUAUAUCCAACCCCUUCUUGACUUUCAUGCUCAAAUCAACUCACCUUUCCUCAUCAAUGCAUACCCUUUCUUUGCAUACAAAGAUAACCCAGACGAAGUUUCCUUAAACUAUGUGCUUUUUCAGCCAAGUGAAGGCAUGAUUGAUCAAAACACCAAUUUGCAUUAUGACAACAUGUUGUAUGCUCAAAUUGAUGCUGUCUAUGCUGCCAUCAAACAAAUGGGGCAUGACCAUGAUGUUCAAGUUAGGAUUUCCGAGACCGGUUGGCCUUCUAAUGGUGAUCCGGACGAGGUUGGAGCUACACCGCAGAAUGCAGCUUUGUAUAAUGGUAACUUGAUCAAAAGGAUACAGCAGAAACAAGGCACUCCUGCAAAACCAUCUGUUCCAAUUGACAUAUAUGUCUUUGCACUUUUUAAUGAGAAUUUGAAGCCUGGUCCAGCAUCAGAGAGAAACUAUGGACUUUACUAUCCUGAUGGUACUCCAGUUUAUAACAUUGGAUUGAAGGAUUAUCUCCAAGAGAUUCCUAUGGCAGCUAAAUCCAAUACUUUGUCUGUCAAUUUUCUUGUAUGUAUAACUACAUGCUUGAUCUUUGCUUUGGAGCCUUCAAGAUGGUGAUCAGAAGAAGGGAAGGUUAAAGGGAAACAGAGGAAUUCCCAUACGUCAUUCUUUUGCAAUAGAUAGUUUAUGCAAGGGAGAAGAAAACUAAAGCAGCACAACUUUCUUGUCAUUUGUCCAAGGAAAUUCGUACAUUUUGCAUGAAGUUGGCUGUUUUGUCCAUAUAAAUGAAAGAUGUAUGAUGUAUCAUGGCUAGUUAAAAUCAUUUAUACACUUAUUGAUUUCACCAUUUUAGGAAUAACCAAAAUAAAUCCCAAAAUUGGAGGUGUAAAAAGGAGUAUAGUGAUUUUUUUAACUUGUAAACAUUAGCUUAUUUGUUAAUUUCAGAAGUAUGAGAACAUUUGUGUGUCAA